GCAGCGAGCACUCCGGGUAAAGCUCUGUGGGAGAUGUUUUCGGAGCCAAUUUCAAGACUUAGUGGUAUAGAUCUGUCCUAUGCUUCAUCUUUUUCGUCGAAGUCGCGCUUUCGAGGUCUUCGCCUCAGACAAGUCUCGGUGGGUGCAGAGGUCGAUUCUUGCUGCGGCAGCUCAGGUUGUGGGAGGCUGUUAGGUUGCUUGAAUGGCACCGGAUUCUAGCAAUGGUGCGUUACCGAAUCAAGGAAACCAAGUAGCAGUUACAAGUUUCAUUGACAGUGACGAUGAGGAGUGUUUAGCUAGGGAUCAGAUCAAUAUCCUUCAUUGGAUCGAGAACAGCGAACGACAUAAGAAGGCUCUUCAGUUCUGGGAAACGCAGGAUGCGUUGUGUACUAGGAGGGUCGACAGCAAGAGAAAGCAGAGCGCGGCUGCGAAGAACGAGGUGUAUCAGCUGAUAGGGUUCUACAGUGUAUUUCAAGGUGUGUUGCUAACAGCAGUUGCGCAAUCGAAUAUGCUGCAUUGCAACCACUGGUAUUUCCCGUUUAUUCUCUCCGCGCUCGCAUCAAUCUCUGCACUUGUCGGAAUCUGCCUGAAAUUUAGAACUGUCCGGAAACUGGAGAAAACUAUCGAUUCCGAAAAGCAGUCACGGCAGAUAUUUGUCAACCGAAUUCAAAAGCUUCGAUGGCUUGGACAAGAUUUUAAGUUCUCCAGAGACGCUCAAGACGGUGGGAAAGUGAACAGCCGCAGAAAUACAAUCUUGAACAUCAGUAUUGUCGCUGUGAUGCUUCUAAUGGUGGGGUUCUCAGGCACCUUUCUUGGUGCAAUUCAUCGGAUUUUGUGCAACCCCGGAUACUCUCUCUUGCCAACCCAAGACGUUUCUCCGGUGGCCAAGGGCGGCUCCGUCUAAGGAAGCGAUCUUCGAACGGGGAUCUUGGAAAGGAUGGUUGUUGGGCAUUUCCAUCAUCUACGAUGAAGACGAAGUUCCUCGACGACUCGAGUUUAACUAUCAAAUUGAAGGAAGGUAACGCGGGAGCGUUUCGCUAAAUUUGUGAGUUGUUAAAAACAGUCUCUUAUGAGGUAGAAAUAAAUCCAAAUGCCACGUAUCGAGAGUACAUGGCGGCCACUGGAAGUAAAGGAGAAAGACUUAUAUUAUCGGAAGAAGUUUAUAAACACAGCAUUAAAAGAAUAGUAGAUGAUGAUUCAAAGCCGGAAAAGUUUAGAUUUCAGCUCGAGAGCCCAAGAGUUGAAGGUGGAACCCAUGCACCGAGGCAAUUGCUAUUCAAGUGGUGGGAUAAAUUGAUUUCAAAAAUUAGACCUGGAGAAGCAGGUUCUGGUGAAGAUUGUGGAAGUGCAAAAGGCAGUUGAGGCCAGAACGUGGUUCCCUCUCACCCAGAUGCAGAACCGAGUCCGAAAGGUAGUGGAGGCUAGAAUUUGGAUACCUCUCGCUCAGAUGCAGAAUCGAGUACGCUCGCCAGCUGAUGUGAGAAUCCAAUUAUAUCAGUCUAUUCCUGUGCACCUUUCGCAGGCCCAUCAGGCGGUGUUGGAACAAAUGUAGUUUCUGCGGAUUGCAGCAAAGCUGCUUUCGGUGGAAGCAAGGGAUCGGACGAAUCGUGCCGGCCCAUGUUCUGGUCCAUCGAACAAUCACAGGGCUUCCACCUUUUGAUGGGAAGUUUUGUUGGUGAAGUCAGCUGGUCGAGUUAAACAUUCUGGUUCCUGAAUAUAUGUAUAUUUUAUACCGUAGAGAAGUGAAUGAUUUUAUCUAUGUUAACUAUC